AGCAACUCAUUCAUAUAGGCCAACCGAACAACUCAUUCAUAUAGUCUGAUCUUCCUGUAAGAAAUUUAUUUUUCUGUCAUUUACCACCAACCACCUCCUCCAAAUUUAUUUAACAACACAAAGAUGGAAAACAAAAUUACUCGCCCUGCAUAUUUAACAACACAAAGAUGGAAAACAAAAUCACAGAGAUUCGGGAAUUCUGCUUUUGCUGCCAUCACCACCAUUUUUUAUCUUCUUCCCCUUUCUCCUUUUGCUGCCAUUCCCAGUUAACAACCCAAAGAUGGAAAACAAAAUUACUCGGCCUGCAGAUAGAAGAUAUCACACAGAUUCGGGAAUUCAUGAUUCGUCAACACUUUCCCGCCAACAAAUGCGAAGAAGCAAUGCUAGCUGCAGGAGUGCAUCUAAGUUGCCAGCGAUUCACAGCAUUUGGGGAUGAGUGUACUCCGGCGAGAUCCUGCCAACCCACAAGAUAUCUGUGGGUCUUUCGAGACGAUAUUUUUGCUGAACCUUUAAUGCGUUCAAUUUUUCCUCGCAAUCGUGGUAACGAAAUCCCAUGCAACCUCAUCUCUUUCGAUCCCUCUUACGUCAACCUCCAACAAUUUUCGGGAAUUAAUCGGUCUAAUAUUAAAUUAGGAGUUGAGGGUACAGCUGCUGCUGUUUCUUCCUUGUUCCUUCUCGAACGUUUGCAGAAGGCCCGAAAUAAAAUUAUUUCCAAAGCGUUUUUAGUUCUCAUCCCGUUUAUCUCCGAGGCUGCUCGGAUAAAAAAAUUGAACGAAAAAUUGGGAAGAAUUGCUCAGCCUGAGUACGGGGUCUAUAGAAGUUGCACCCAAACCGGAUAUGACAAGAGUUGUCAAAACAAUUGGGGUGCCAUGUCGGAUAGGGCAAACAGCUGCAGCAAUUUAACGGACCCGUUUUCACCUGUGGUCCAAUUGAAUGGAGAUCCAAUUACAGACGGUCAUCUCAUUGUGGACACAGCAGGAAAAGUAAAGGAGAUUCUCCAAACCCUCAAGGCCCCAAGACAUGAAGGAUAUUCGCCACGCGUACCCACGGCGAUUUUCGAGGUGUUUAGAGUCGUCGUCGGUUGGACAUUUUCUCAAAUUGGGGAUCUCGGCCAGUUUGCAGAUUGCGUCAUAGUCGAUGCUCGAUUUUCCUGCGAGCCGAGGCCGAGGGUGUAG